AUGGAUGCUGCCGGCCAAAUCAAGCUGCAGCAGCAACACCAACCGCCAUGCAGUGACAACAACUUCAGCUUGUUGGCCGCCGCCGCCGACUCCUCCUCCUGGCCGCCGCCACAGGUAAGGUCGCCGCCGUCGUCGUCAUCGUCGUCGUCCUACACCUGCGGGUACUGCAAGAAGGAGUUCAGGUCAGCACAAGGGCUGGGAGGGCACAUGAACGUCCACAGGUUGGACAGGGCCAGGCUGAUCCACCAGCAGUACAUGUCGUCGUCGUCACACCGUACUGCUCCCCCUCCCAGCAACCCUAACCCUAGUUGCGCAGUUCUUGAUCUUGGGCUCAGCUUGUCGUCGCUGCUAGCGCGCGGCGGCGGCGAUGGAGGCGGCUUGCCUGUUCCGUUAGAAAAGCAGCUGGGCGACCGUUUCUCCUCUGCAUCGUCCGCUGCUGCGACUAAUGACUACUACUCCGAGGUGAAGAACUUGGAGUUGAGGAUGGGAGCGUGCAGUCAUGGCGGCGAUGGCACGGAAGAACGUCUGGAUCUUCAGCUUAGACUGGGCUACUAG